AUGCCUUCGGGAGUAACAGUGUUGUGGAAGCUUGCGUUUAGAUACCCUUUCUUUAGGAAACUCACGGCCAUAGCGGCUAGAUACGGGUUCGAUCCCAUGGUGUUUAUGGAGAAUGCUGGCGUUUUGAAGGUGGAUGCGGAUGGGAAGCCUAUAGCAUUGUAUCAUGAUCAUAAACAUUCUCACAUGACUACUGGAGUCAAGAUUGGAAGAUACCUGAGUCUUUUGCAUUCACACAUAGUUCGGCUUGAUCUUCUGAAAUAUCCUGCACAGAAGAAGCUUAAGCCCUCGUCCAUGAAAAUGAUAAUGGAUUCAAACUGGUGA